AUCCUAAAUGGGCGUCAGCCAAUAUUGGAGUAUUUGUUUGCUUAAAAUGUUGUGGUGUGCACAGAAGCCUUGGUUCUCAUAUAUCAAAGAUUUUAUCUGUGACUUUGGAUGAAUGGACAGAAGAAGAAAUUGAUUCAAUGAUUGAAGUUGGGGGGAAUGCUGCUGCUAAUUCAAUAUAUGAGGCUUAUAUUCCAGAAGGACAUAAAAAACCUGAACCAGAUGCCAGCCAUGAACAGCGUGCAAAUUUUAUAGUGUCAAAAUAUGAGAAUCAAGAAUUUUUGAAACCUGGCUUGCGCAUUGUGUCUGGGAAAGGCGGUCCAAAUUCAAACUCCGCAAAAAGUCGCAUCGAUGGUGGUAGUUCAAAGAGAACGGAAGGUAUGGUGGAAUUUAUUGGAAUGUUGAAGGUGAAAGUGAUUAGAGGCACCAAUUUAGCUAUUAGAGAUAUAAAGACAAGUGAUCCAUAUGUUGUUUUGAACCUUGGCACACAGACUUCCCAGACAAGGGUAAUAUCGAGUAACUUGAAUCCAGUCUGGAAUGAAGAAAUUAUGUUGUCCGUUCCUGAAAUAUAUGGACCAAUAAAACUGAAAGUGUUCGAUUAUGACACAUUUUCUGCUGACGACAUAAUGGGAGAAGCAGACAUUGACAUUCAGCCCCUGAUAUCAUCUGCCAUGGCAUGUGGUAAUGCUGCAAUGUUUGCCAAUAUGCAGAUAGGGAAGUGGUUAAAAGCUGAUGGGAAUGCACUUAUUGAAGAUAGUAUAGUCAAUAUUGUUGAUGGGAAGGUUAUACAGGCCAUGACACUGAAGCUCCAGAAUGUUGAAUGUGGAGAAAUAGACCUAGAAAUUGAGUGGAUUCCUCUUGAUCAAUAGGUACUUGCCCAUGUUAAACUACCAAUUCUCUUGUUGAAAUCCCUGUAACUUUUUUCAUAUACUAUGGUCUCCUUAUCCUAGAAGAAUAUCCUUCCCAACAUUGUACACAGAUAAAAAGGAACGGAGAUAGUAAUAAUAAUAAUAGAUUAUGCCAUGUAUAUUUAUUUCUUACUGUUAAAUACGAAGCUUAAUCAAAUUGUCUCCUGAGAACAUAUAACUUUUUUGGUUGUGUUGGUAAUCAUAACCUUACUUUUAUGAGUGCAAAUGCCAGUUUGCAUGAUGAUUGGUUUAUGCAGAACUA